GUAGUUUUUUUUUAUAGUCGAGAUGUAUGCUUUUGAAGUGUGUCGGCUUUUUCCGUGGGACUAUUUCCUUUUGAAAAUAACACAUUUAUUUCACGUUAAUUCUAGCUGCGCUCUGAAACUGCUGAUUUGUGCCAGAUCAAUAGCUUCGUUCAGGCAUCAGAAAAUCACUUCUUUAAAGCUUCGAGGUUGAAACAGCAUGAUUACUGGCGGGUUGUUUUAAAGAAUAAAACUGAAUGGACCAACACAUGAUAUCAAUCAGCGCCAAUACUGUUGAUCACCGAUUGGAAUUGACGGAGUAGAGGUUUGUCUCAGUGUAUCCCCUGCAUGUGUGAAGCUUAUCUUCUAGGUUCUGAGGUGAUACUGGUAUGAGACUGAAAACUAUAAAGUUUGGAAAUGAAAGGAAAGGGAAAGAACAACACCGCGACGCCAUCGAAAACUUUCGAUAACCAUGCAUUUGAAGGCGAUGGUGCGGACGAAGCCAACUCGGUCGUCUCCGAGAAAUUCUCUCCACGAAUUAAGAACUUUGGAAAGUUUACCUACCCGAACGUAUGCAAAUACUGCAAGAGCCUGUGGGAUAGCAAAGGAAACACUGAGCUGAUUUCCCCAUGUGGGUGCGACAGCACAUCGCUCCACGUCCAUGAGACCUGCCUAGAGUCUUGGCUGAAGAGCAGCGGCAAGGUCCGCUGCGAAGCUUGUAAAACGGUGUACAGUAACAGCAAUAUCAAAGAACUACGAGCAGAAUUGAUGGUUCAGAGAGUUAACUUCUGCCUCAUCGCCAUUUUCAUGCCGAUCGGCGUCGUCGUCAUCGUCGGCGUCAUCACCAUACUCGAGAUCAUCAGACAAGAUAUAGAACGUGCCGCUGUGACCGGCGAGUCCCUGAACGGCGUCUACGGCAUUCCCCUCGAUCAGUUCGUCAUCCUUUGCCUCCUGUUCGGUGGCCUGACGCUGUUCGCCAUCAUCAAGAGCAUCACAAUAUUGAGACAGAAACGACUGAAGACACUCGAUAGCUUGACCGUUACAAAGGCAUGAUGAUGGUCUAUGGCAUCAUUAAGCAGUUUUCGAAGCUGCAAAGGGGACAGAUCCUACAACAUAGUAAAUCUAUUGAAAGAGCCCGUCAAAGCACCAUGAACAAUUGAGAUGUCUUGUCGACAAUUGGUGAGUUGGAGCAGUCGAUCGUCGUAAAAUUCUGAGUCGACUAAGUUGUUUGUCCAGACUGCAUCGCUGACAACAUUGCUGUUUAAUUCACCGACUUUCGACAAAGACUUCUUUGUCAUGAAGGGCGUUCAACAAUAGAUUCUCACCGUCCCAGAAAGCGUCUGUAUGGUGGUUGCGAAAAUUCCCCAUUGAUAACGCCGCAUUAGAAUAUAGCUCAACAAAAUGGUCUUUGUCUGUUUGAUCCAGUUGAGAUAAAAAUGGCGUCUAUGUAGUUGAUUUCGCGGGAAGCAAACGUCGAUUUCAUCGAUUAUUGAAAAGUACUUUUUCGCGCCCGCGCGGGCAGCGCAGUAUGGAAUGUAAUAUCUGGGGCCCGUUUCGUGAAGGAUUUGUAACUGUUGUAACUUUGCAAUAAUGGCAACUACCAUGGUGAAAGGGGUCAGCAGCCAAUCAGAAUCAAAGUUGCCAUGGCAGUUUCCAUAAUGGCAAAGUUACAACAGUUGCAAGUCCUUUAUGAAACGGGCCCCUGAUUGAUAUGGAGUACUUGACAGUCAUUGACCAAAAGAUCUGGAGCACAUCCAUCCUGCCAUGAUAUCACAUACUGUGACCAAUAUUGGCGAUAUGAUACAGGAGUGGUCAAAUGUAUAUAUAGUCCUGUUUUAAGUUUUCGUAUGUCUUAUUCAAAUUCCUACUUCUCAAAAUUCCUAAUUUUCGUAAAUUGUAGUUUUGCAAUCCAUAUUGGUUAUGGGUCGAUAUACGACGUUCUUACUAAAUUUACAUUAAUUUGGAUUAUUUUUAUGAUUACUCUGCUCUUUACCCAUGCUUAUUGAUGAAAAAAGACUAUGUAAGUUGUAUUCAAGAUACAUGUAGUAAAAUGGACAGGAGGACCAUGCAAACUUUGCCGACAAAUUCAACGUCUAUUGUUGGAAAUAAGUAGGCUAUAUAUCACAAUUGACUAUCCAUAAUCAAGACACCACUAUAAACAAGCAUUUGGAUAGUCCUCCGACACCAACUGAUGUCGGGUUUUACACCCAAAUCAUGCAGCUUUUACGGUACUGUGAUACGAUAUUACAAGUUGUGAAAUUUAGAAAAUUAAAUUUAGAGUUUUAGUCCUCCCACAGCAACUUGUGUCGGCUAAUAUAAGCCAGUUUAUCAGCGAUAUUAAAAACAGUGAAAAGUGGAUAACGAAAAAGGAAGAAAGAAUUGUAUCCAUUGUGUAAUUAUACGGGUAUUUGAUAUAAUAAUAAUAAAAUAAUACAUAAGAUUUACAUAGCGCACUUUCCUUCUUGAUUAGAUGCUCAAGGCGCUUCAGAGCAGAACAACAAAAACUAUUUACAUAUACAUGUAAUACAUUUAUGUUUUUAGGUUGCCCUUUCAGGUGGUCACUGAAGUCUGGGUUUUCACUUUUAAGUCGGUUUGCCCCAACCUACGCUGGCGCCACCCAAACUUUUACUAGUAAUUUGCGAGCCAUCAUCAACUUAAAAGAGACCUACUACAUUCUUGACUAUGUCGUAAUUGCAGUAUUUAAGUCCCCAAAAGUAUUUACUAUAUUAUCUAAACAAUUGUGCUUUAUUAUAUUUAAUGAUUUUAUGAUCUGUACUGAAUAAAUUAUCAUUUAAUUAUUUUUUCGUAUGAAUUUGGAUUUCAAUUAUGCCUAUCAUAUAAUCUCAUUGUAAACUCCUGUCUUCCAAGGGUAUCGAAAAUGAUAUAUUAAAAACAACUCGUAUAUAUGUUUAAGUAUUCAUGUAAUAUUCAUAACUUGUGAAGUAUUGGAAAGUUGUUAUGCUAACAUCAUUGUUUUUAUAAAGUCUUCCAGUUUUAAAUGUGAUAUCUCCUUUGGAAAUGGGCAUUAAAUACAUCUAAAUAAAUUACAUUAUUGAUGUGUUUCCGGAAAAAUAAAAUGGUCAUGUUCAUGAACUUAAUUCAAAGGUUAUCUUUAAGUACUCAACUGUAUGUCCGAUCCGGAAGAAUUAAAAGUGCUAUUUGUAUGUGGUUGAAAACAAUGUAUUUACCUCGGUAAAUGUGUGUCUGAUGUCCUUACAAUAGCCCCUCAAUGUGAAGUGUAUGUUUCGUUUAUGUACCAUUAAAUUGAAAUUAUAUUGAAA